AUUCCCUUUCCUUAUUAGUGUUCCCUUAAGUAUGCCACUCAAAUCCAAUGUACAUUAGAAAUUAUCAAAGGUAACCAUCCUUCAAUCUAGAAGCCCCAAGAUCCCAUGGUUAUUUCAAUUCUGCUGCCCCAGAGUUCUGAAACAAUGGGUGACCUUGUGCUUUUUUCUUUUUACAGAUUCAGGGUUUUAUACACCUGAAGGAGGUAAAGAGGUUACUAUUCUUCACACUGAACAGUCCCGGAGUGUGAGCAACUUCUGAAUUCAAGUUGUGUGAUGUCUGAAAAUGCACGAAUAAGGGUACAGAACAUCUGCCCCCCUAAUGUUCGCGCUCCACAAUGUUCAUGGCCCGCAAGCUUCACUGUCAAGCCUAGGUCACUUCUAUUGUUUGGUCACAGGCAUCUAUUACUUCUGUAUCCUCACUGGAUGAUCCCAGAUGUUGGCAGUAUGCUGUCGCUGCCAUCCAACAAGGCUUCACCGACAUGGCUCAGUUCCUCUUCAAGGCUCUUCUCUGCAGAAAAGACAAAAGCGGGGAAAGAUGCAUUUUGUUAAGACUGUGAUUCAUUUUAUGUUUUAACAAGUCAAAUCCCACCUGUGAUUUUAAAAAAGAGAAAUGGGGGAUGAGGUUCCAUGAAGACCAACAAGACAUUCCUUCAAAAGGCUUAAUGCUUGAGGGAAAGUGCAGAAGCAAGGGAAUGAUGUUGGCCAGAGGUUACAGCCUUCCCUCAUGGGAUGAAAGCCAUGAUAAAGGAAAAGUGAGACUAGCUAUAUUCAUCAGAGAUUAAAGAGAUGCAGGGAUCCCCAUUCCACCUCCCACCAGAAGGAACUCUGCCCCAAACGCCCAUUGUCUUGGUGCUGCAGAAGGAAGCAGGUGGUCUUUCCGACCUUUGCCACUGGCCACAGGACUAAGAGGCACCAGGUAGUUCCAGGACACCAACCACCUUUACAAGGACACUGGCUCAAGAUGGCCAUCGCCCCAGCUGGAUAGAAAUGCCUGACACUGCUCACCUGCAUCCUUCAGGUUGGGGAAAUGAUGGAAUCCUUCCAGACCAGCAGCCAGGAAGACUUGGAGAACCUGUGUCUGUGGAAAGGAAUGAUAAGGAAGAAUUGGUCAGUCAUAUUCCAACUUGUCCCAAAGCAUUCAGGGGAGCCCCUGAAGAUCUCAAAGACCAGAAGGACCCUGGAUGGAUGGAAAUAGUCCACUGCUCAAAGGCAGAGUUACAUCCAAGCUUUUAUAUGUCCUGACCCUUACAUCUCUGGUUAAAAGGAUCCUCUGGCUGAUAUUUAUGGAACACAUUGAUCCAGGCACAAUAGACCCCCCCCUUUUUUUUUUUAAAUGGGUGGGCUGUACUUAAAGGAAGAUGUUGGAUGCUUCAUGUUUUUAGAAACUUACUGUAGAAUCAGGUAACUGGUUAAUUUAACCUAGUGCUGUCUACUCUGAAUGGCAGCAACUCUCCAAGGUCUCAAGCUAAGCUCCCAAUAUCCUUUAAAGAGACAGAGACAGACAGACAGACAGACAGAUGCCAGGGAUUGAACCUGGUACUUGCUACAUGCAAAGCAACAAACUCUACUGCUAAACAGUGCCCAUCCCCUAAAUGAUGAGUACUGGGUCUUAAGCCUGCUCAGCUUGUUUCACAAAAUCCAGCCACAGUGUGUGAUUGCUCCUCUGAGGUUGCAGUUCUCCCCCACCUACCUGCAAGCCAAUAAACACCAGAGAGAGUUUCCUAUGCUGCAAUUCCUGGAGCAGCUCAGACAGGCCCAGUACCGCUGUGUAAUCAAUGCUGCUGACGUGGGUGCAGUCCAGAAUGAUGUUGCACAGUCGAGACUCUGAAGGUAAUCGAGAAACAGCGUGCUCAAGAAAGGGCGAACGCAGACAGGGCAGCUACUCAUACCAAGAGAGUUCUGGCCGAUGGUCAGUUUCAAGCCAUGACCCCACUAACUACAAGCUUCUUUGACACUUGGGCUGCACUAGUCCUCCCCACAGCUGGUGUGUUAGGAGAAAACAGGAUAUCCUGAGACUUGGAUCAUUCCUCUUUAUCUGGCAGCAGGUAGGAACUAAGUACCAUUAACAUAUAGCACCAUUAACAAAUUCCUGCUUCCACCUUCACUACUGUCAAAAUGCAGCAUGGCAGGUUACUGGUGCCAUGAACUCCCAGAACAGCUGGAAUCCUAAAGUGCUGGUAGCCCCAUGUUGCCUGCUUUAUCACUUUGGGUCGAAGAGAGGCAAGUCAGAAUUCUCCCACAUUUGGAACAAGCUGUAUCUCCCUAUGCCAAAUUACGAGAGGGUGGAGUUUGUUUCCUUACUGAAAUUCAUGGGUGGGGUGAGGGGCUCAAGCAUAGACCUCACUUCUUUUUCCCCCAGAGGCACCCGUAGGGCCAGGAAUAUUAGUUCCUCUUGAACAGAUCAUCAUCUCCUCAGAACAACACUUGUGUCCCUAAGGUGCAAUUCUAUGCAAAUAUUAUUGCCCCAAGCGGUUUGGUCCUUUUGUUCAGAUGGCAAGAGGCCUUUACUUCUGGAGCCAGUUCAAUUCCUCACAGCCAGCACCACACCAGGAGCUUUCCGUUCUUCAUUUUACCUGACUGAGUCCGUUUGCGCACUGUAUCCCUCAGGAACUCAAUGGCUGGGAAGUACAGGCCACCAGCAGGCUGUAUAAAUAGUGUCUCCUGCUCAUGCUCCAGGACCUGCCAGAAAGUGCCGUGAGGAAAACAGGAUGAGGCUUUGUUACUGUUCAGCAAUUUCCCCCCUUCCUUUCUUGAAAGCCAAAGGAAACAUGCCCCAGAGGCUCUCAUAGCGAAGGGACGUGCAACACCUAUUGCCUAUAUUAGAUAUUUCAGCCAUAUGGGAAAAAAUGAUUGGGAGAUGAGGAGUGGGAUAUAAAUGUAUAUUAAAAAAUGCUGCCUUCUUCACUGUGCAUUGCACAAGGCAACCACUCUCCAGUUUUACACUUCAAGAGGGUCACGAGCAAGUUGUAGCAAUUGGAUACAAAAGAUGAUUUAUUUAUUUGCUAUUGCAGUAUCUCAAAUAUUAGAGCUGUACUACAGUAAACCUGUUCUGUGUUUUAUGGGUUUCCCUCCUAAGCUCUUGCAUUCUGACUCAGUGGGAUCAUAACAAACCUUUAUCCGUGGCCUGGCAAUGGGGUAUAGCAGGAGAAUACCUGAGACCAGCACGCCUGCUAUGAUUCCAUACUGCACCUCCCAGAAGCAGAAGAAGAAGGUUACACACAGCGGCACCAGGUCCAGCCCUGAGGGAGAAGGGGGAGGGGAAUGACUAUGUAGGACUCAGACUUUUCCAGUCCUGCAGCAAGAUGGCUGCCGCAGAGCACAGUGAAGGAGAGAAAAGAACAGCAAAAUAAAAUUAAUAAUAAUAAUAAUAAUAAUUUAUUUAUACCCUGCCCAUCCAGCUGGGUUUCCCCAGCCUCUCUGUGCAGCUCCCAACAGAAUAUUAAAAACUUCCCUAAGCAGGGCUGCCUUCAGGUGUCUUCUAAAAGUCAGAUAGUUGUUUAUUUCCUUGACAUCUGAUGGGAGGGCGUUCCACAGGGCAGGUGCCACUACCGAGAAGGCCCUCUGCCUGGUUCCCUGUAACCUCACUUUUUGCAGUGAGGGAACUGCCAGAAGACCCUUGGAACUAGACCUCAGUGUCCGGGCUGAACACUGGGGGUGGAGAUGCUCCUUCAGGUAUACUGGGCCAAGGCCAUUAAAUAGUUGCUUCUUACCAACGAAGAUGUCACCAAGAGAUUUUACCUCAUUAGUGAUGGGGCUGAGGCAACUAGGAGGUCAUAUAAUACAAUGUUCUAUUUAGACUUGUACCCUCUCCACCCCGCAACAAUUCUAGACUCAUAGAGAUAUACCAUUAACCAAAUCAGAGCCCAGAACCCAUCCCAUAACAUAAAAAUGGGCUAGACAGCUUUAUUUCCUACCGGGAACCACAUUCCCCUCAGGGCUAGUCUGUGAAGGGCUGCAUGCUGGCAGUGGGUGGAGCCAGAGCCAGUGAUUGGCAGAGCCAGGGGUAAAUAGUCUUCUGGGUGAACUAAUUCAAAAUAAAGAACACCCCAAUUCCAUUUUCACUAUGGUAUACCUCAGACUGCAAGGGUUUGAUGGGGUUAGUUUCAGCUAGCAUAUAGAGAAUUUCAUUUUAUUUUUUAAUCUGUGCUUCAUCAAAUAAGUGGUCUCUUUACAUUCUUUUUGUCACGUUUCUGGACAAAGAGAAAAACAUCAACAGGCAGUUUUGUGCUGAUGAAAAGCUGGACAUUAGUUCUGAAAGGAAAGUAUAGCUAUUUAUUUCUGCUUUUGGAAACACACUAGACUUUGGUAGAUACUCCAUUUGUCCAGCAGAUGCCAGCAUCCUUUAAGUUGGUAACUUUCCAUAACCAAGAAGAUAAUAUUCUUUUGUUUAAAUGUGAAAGGGACAUCAUAGAGAGAUAUUUCAAAUUCAGGGGGUGCUACCAUGGGAGAUCAUGGAGUGAGGAAUAUAUGAUUUCCCAGAAGUAUCUAUGAAACAGGAUUCUCAAUUCCUGUUCACAGAGCCAGAAAAGUUACAAGAAUGAGGAAACAUUCUCUGUUUUAUAUAUUUACAACAACCUACGUUGCUCUGCUUCAGCGUUACUACUUGAAAGCAGCCUAUCCAAGAACUCUGAACACCACAUACAAAAAUGCUCUAAGCAUUUGAAAAGUUAUGAAUAUCAACUCAAAACUCCUUAGAUUUGCAGAACUCUAAAUCUGCUGCUAAAACUGGGGGGGGGGGGAGGGCAGAGAAAAAUAAGGUGUGGCUUUUAGUGCAAAUUAUUAAAAAAUUAGAAAGUCAGAAAAUUAAAUUUAUGAAUGAUACUUUUGUUAAAGUCAUAUGAACUGCACAGCACAUUUUAAAGAAUUCUAACCGGGUCCAUUAUUGUUAGGAAAACAUUACAGGAUCCCCGACUUUUCAGCUCUGGAAAGAAGAGGACACAUUCAUGCUCAUACUUUUAACCUGCCAUAACGUGUAGAAGAUCCUGGCAUCAAACAUAGGAGCCACAGCACAGAUGAUGACAGCUGCCAGUGCAGCCUUGGGAAUGUAGAAGAAGACAGAGGUAAGGAAGGCCAGAGACAGUAGCACCAGGACCCCUAUGGAGCAAACAAGGAAAAGUGAGUAAACAAGGGUGGCAUUAAAAUAGCACAGUGAGCCCCUCAGAGUUCUGUAUCCCCACUCAGAUACAGCAGGCACAAAGACAUCCUUCUAGCUCCUACCUGUGAUUAGACCUCCGGCAGGAGUACAGACACCUGUCUGCGCAUUCACUGCUGUCCUGCAACAUAAACAAGCUUUGCGGUUACGAGAACAGAAAACAGCCCCUUCACUUUCCUAGACCCAUUUAAGGGACUGUAGUCAGCCUAGAGACAACAAGAGCUAAUGAUUACCGUAUUAGCCCGAAUAUAAGCCACACUCCCCCCCCCCCCCAAUUCUGACCGUGGAAAGUUAAAGUGCGACUUAAAUUUGCGACCUUACAAAAAUUGCUGUGGUCAAACCACAGCAGCCCGUGAGGUAGAGGGUGGUGGGGAAGAAUCUAAGAAGUGGGGCCACAAGUGAGCGGAGCAAGGCGGGCGUUGUACAUGAGGGGAAAGAGAUCAACUUCCCCUCAUGAGCGGCCCAAGUUUGCUCUCCCCCUCCCUCCGUCUUUCUCUCCAGCGGUGCCUGGAUGCCUUGAGCGUGUGAGAAAGUGGCCCAGACAGACACACACGUUUAUAUUCGGGUAUUGUCUUUUUUUCUUUUUUCCCCUUGAAUUUUAAAUGUGUGGCUUAUUUGCUGGUAUGGCUUAUAUUGGGGAAAAUACAGUACUUCACACACUGCCCCACACAAGCAAAUACUUAUUUAUCAGUAUGGAUUAUCCGCCCAGCUCUUUUGCAACAAGGGCAUCUUUCUAGACACCACCGAGAGGGAUGAACGGCUAGCAAACCUCGGAUUCGGUCUCAAGCAUUACCUGCAGCCUGCACUUCUCAUUAUUUAUGUGAAGAUGUUAUAUACUGUAUUUUUCGCUCUAUAAGACGCAGCAGACCAUAAGACGCACCUAGUUUUUGGAGGAGGAAAACAAGAAAAAAAAAUAUUCUGAAUCUCAGAAGCCAGAACAACAAGAGGGAUCACUGUGCAGCGAAAGCAGCGAUCCCUCUUGCUGUUCUGGCUUCUGGGAUAGCUGCGCAGCCUGCAUUCGCUCCAUAGGACGCACACACAUUUCCCCUUACUUUUUAGGAGGGAAAAAGUGAGUCUUAUAGAGCAAAAAAUACGGUACUCCACUUAAACUAACCCUAGUGGUCUCUUGAAAUGGACUGCAAUAUACGUCAAUAAAAAAACAAAAUAAAACCCAUACAGUAAAAACAUAAAGGGAGCCCAAAUUGCAUAUCCGUUAUGCAAGUGGGAAAAAUGAGUCCAUAGCAAAUGAUUUUGCACACGCCCUUGCACUACUAUUUCUGCACAUGCAACCAGCACUACUAUUUAAGCUGAGCCACUGGGCAGCUAAGUAUCAUCCACAAUAGGAGCCACUCACCGGCCAAAGCUGCCUGUGACAGGAAAGGAUGAAAUGAAGGAUCCUAGGAAGUUGGUGAAACCUGGAGGCCACAGAGGGAGAGAGGUUAAGGAACACAGGCAGAAAAGAUGUGGAGUCCUGCUUCUUUGGCUUAGGGAAGAACCAGGAACGCUUCAAACAAUAUAUGGAAAUAAAGCCAUUUUCCUGUAUGGGAAUUUCGGCUCUUCCUUCCCAGGCUCAUCCCCAACUCCAAAGUGAAAGGGCUCAAUCCCACCCAGCCAACAGCAUCCAAUCCGUUCGUGCAAAAAUCUUACCCAUGGCCAACAGCUCCUGGUUGGGGUCAAUUUGGUAGUUAUUUUGAGAGGCUAGAAUGAAAAGGGAAAUCGAGAACACACGUUAACACCGAGAAACCUAGAAAUACUGGUGUUCUUAAUGGGUAAAAGCUCCACAAGUCGCUGCAAAUGUGGAACAAGAAAUACAGGGCUGGAAAGGGGCCUGGAUCCACCUAGCAGAAGCCAAAUUGUGGUUUUCUGCUCCCUGCAAUGUCUUUUCUACUGAGAGUUCUACUACCUGAACAAAGUUAUUCUUUUUGCCUUUCUAGGUAAAGGAAUCUUACUCAGGGAAUAUUUUUAGGUUAAGGAAUUUCCCUAAUUUUAAUCCAUGGAUGGAAACCCGUGGUCCUCUGAACACUGUUGGAUUUGAACUCCCGUAAACUCUGGGCAGCAUGGCCAAUGGUCAGGGAUAAUGGGAUUUGUAGUUCAGUAACACCAAGACAGCCACAGGGUUUCCAUCCCUGCUUUAAUCCAUGGUUCGGAAAGAGACAGAGAGAGUGAAGAACACCUAGGUGGGGAUGGGAUGCCAUCUCACAGUGCCCACUGGAUGGGACCCAUGCAAUCAGUUCUACUGGGGCAGUCAACCACAGCACUCCUCUCUGUGGGAUUACCGUAUAUACUCAAGUAUAAGCCGACCCAAAUAUAAGCCGAGACACCUAAUUUUACCACAAAAAACUGGGGAAACUUACUAACUCGAGUAUAAGCCGGUUCACCACACCACAAACCUCCUGGUGGGUCGGAAUGCAUGUGCGCGCAUGCAGCAGAGGGGGCUUCUCUCUCCCCCCCAGCCCCUCCCGACCCCCUGCCUACUUAGGGUGCUGCCAAGAGGCAGAGGCUGGUGGCGGCAGUGGCAGAGGAAAGCAAAGGCAGGGGAGGAGGAAGGAGCAGCCUGAAAGAACAAUCACUCGAGUAUAAGCCGAGGGAGGAUUUUCAGCAUAAAAAAUGUGCUGAAAAAGUCGGCUUAUACUCGAGUAUAUACGGUAUGUCAAAUGGAAACAGGUAAUUUCCACAUCGCUGGGUGUUAAGGGGUCAUUAUUGGCUAGGUAACAAGUAGGAGAUAAUGUUGCAGCUAAAUUUAUCAUCACUCCCUCCUCCCUACAAGCAUACAGUCCUUAGAAGGCAACAGGUUUUCCCAAACCCAAAUCCCAUUAGCUGCCAUGUGAAUUUUCCCCUUGACUCAAUGCCUAGAGAAGCUGAAAGAUUUGAGGCCCCAUACCAAAAGCUUUGGCAAUAGCAACCGUCUCCAGAAGUCCCAUCAGAGGCACCACAGCCAGACCAGCUCCCAUUUUCUGUAACGGGGGAGAAAAGAGAGAGGAUGGCUUAAUUCUACUACAAAGGUCACUUGUGCCCAACAAAUGAAGCUUGCAGCAAACAUAGGAUGGCAUCUCAGUAUUCUUACCAUGGCAUCUGAUCAACAAACACUGGACAACACAGGAGUCUACCCGUAGUUCAGGCUAUUCACUCAAAAACUACCAGUUUUAGACAGCUGCGUGCUUACCGUCAAUUAUGGUUUCCAAGGAAGGCACCGCCUCAGCACAAGAGAAUGGGAAAUAGUUUAAUUCACAUAAACUUUACCUAAUAAUUUUCUAUUAUUGUAUAUGAAAUUUAUAGGACACCUUUAAAACUCCUUCGAUGUUGCCUCAACAACUCUGCGAGGCAGCUUAUGCAAAGCAACGCAAUAAUCUUGUGGUUUAUUUGCUUAUUUAUAGAGCUAUUUAUAUAACACCAUGUCAUAAAAAUAUAUCAAAGUGUUAUACAACAAUAACAAUACCAUACAAUAAAAGCAUAACAAUUUAAAAACAAAGAUCAGCUGAUUCAGUCUGAAUCAUGUAACAUACCAUAGUAUGGUAGGUCCAGGAAAGAAUAAAUUAGUUGCUUCCUUUCCAUCAUUUCCAGCGACCAGAAUUAAAAGAUUGAACACCUUCAAAGAUCGCAAGAACUGAGCAGAGGAGUACAGUGCUAGCUUCCACCAGCACAGAGAUGCACAAAUGCAAAGGACUGCAGGCUUCAUGUGCUGCUCAAUUUAGUAUAGGGACAGAAAGGAUUACUUUCUCUGUGCACAUGAAAAUACCCAAAGAAAGAAAAGAAGAGCUGUAGAGCAAUUCUAUGUAGAUUCCAAGCAACAACUCAAAAGGAUUUUUUCUGGCUUUAUAGGAGAGAGAGGAUUGAUUUGAAUUUGAAGUAGAUAUUCAGAUUAAAUUCUUAUAUUUUGUUGUUGCUAGGAAGGGUUUUAAAAACCUAUAUUUAUCUAAAUACCUCUUCUUACCACAUUCAGAGGAUUGUGUUAAAAUGUUGCUGUCAAUUAUUUCUUUCUAGCUGUAUUCAUAACUAAAUUGGCUGUAGUUUUAAUUGUAAUUAUUGUUGUGAACUGCCUUGGGGUUUUUGGGGGGGUGUUAACUACAAAACAGGGUGUUAUAUCGGCAUAUAAACCUAUGGCAACAACUGAAAUACCCACCUGCACCAUCCCUCCAAAGGAGAUGGUUCCAUUGGGCGUGACCUCGGAGAACGGUGGCAGCUGGAAGGAUGGGAGUCCCUGGGGCGUAACCCCUGUGAGGGUGAAGGGCUGGGAGCCUGUUACCUGGAAGGAGUAGGCCACGAGACCAGCAAACAGGACCACAAGAGCAUUACGGACUGCAAGGAAGAGAGUGAGACUCUUAUAGCAAAGCCGUCAUCCACUACCCAACGGUGAGCAUAAAUGGUAGACAUAGAGGAUAGUUAAGGCCAUAAGCAACAAGGGCAAAUCUCUUAUUAGGCCAUGAAUACACUCCUGCCUAACCAUUUGGUGUAGAGACCCAAUACAUGAAGAGUGGGGGUUCCCCAUGCUUAGAUUACCACCAAGUUUUAAUAUCUGCGAGGUGGAGAGAGACCCCAAAGCGUAUAGGCAGCUUCUGGUGACAGCUCCCAUGUUUUUAAAAAUUAUGGAGAGAAUUUGCAAUAUAAAUUCGAAGGUAAAUAAAUUUUGUUUCUACAGUCUAAAAAUGCAAUUAGGAAAAACCUCAACUUUCUCAUGAGGUUUAGAAGACCCUCUUGUAUCCUCUAUCUAUCUUCUCCCCACCAAUUCUCCAAACAUUCUUUCUUAGUAAUGCUCUUUCUCUCUCCACUGCCUACCUUUCCUGCAGCCUCUUUGAUCCUUUGCUCUCACUCAGUUUAUCUGCAGGACCACUUCUCAGCAGGGGCAGAGGAAAGGGUGCGGGUCACCCCGGGUGUUACAACUGAGAGGGGUGACAAAAUGCUGGGUGGCACUCACUGCAGGGCCUGCAGUGUCUCUCCUGGGAGGCUUGGGCGCACGCAGGCUCCACACUGCCCAAACGGUCCGCCCGCUGCCUCCCCCCCCCCCGCUGUACGGCAGCUAAGUGGGAGGAGGCAAGCAGACUCCAGAGGCCCCGCGGUGUGCCCCGCUCCUAUGGGCAGCUCACUCCGCCCCAGGUGCCUGAACGGCUUCCUCCACCGCAGCUUCUCAGUACUCAGCCAUCCUUCAUGUGAGAUUUUUAAAUCCAGCCAAACUGACAAUACUCCCUUCCCUCGCAGGACUGCAACCUAUUUUUUAUUUCCUAAGCAACUAAACCACUCUUAGCCAUCGCACCACUUUACACAAUUGGGUAAAGUCAAGACACUUUACCAAUGAAAAAAUAAGACAGAUAAUUCAACAUACAUUACAGCACACCAAGCUGUGAAAGCAAAGUGCUAAAAAAGCCUAGCUAGUAGGGUGGGAUAGACAAACCUGUAGCUGUUGUCCAGACAACAAGCUGGCUGAUCCUGACAGACAACGGUUCCAUCCGGUUGGCCUUAGGGAUGCUCUCUUUCAUUUGUUGUAGCCCCGUAAGUGCUGUUAAGCAGAACAGCCCAAGAACAGCAUCUGCAACCCUGCAUAUAAGUUAUAACAAUCAUAGCUGAAUUGAAAGGGGCCUCACUAAAACAAGGGGAGAAACCAAAAAAGUGGCCUCCAUCACAUCUGCUUCCUGAAAACGGUCCCUUCCUACUGAGCCAAUGGAUCUGUGCAUGAGGAACAUAACAGCCAGCUUAGCACUCACCACAUAAAUGUAUGAGCCUCUCCUUAGCCCAAAUUAAAACUUCCCUGACAGAUUCUUAAUUGGCUGUGGGAAAGAUGCAAGAUUUGAGGACCUGAAAAGUUACAUCCAGAUCCACUUUCAUUCAUUCUUCCAAGAGGUACAUCCACAUUUAGCAUCGUUGCUCAUAGACUACAGGCAUAAUAUGGCAGAUUCAGCUUUGUGCAAGAACUGCAAGCCCAACUCUGCGCACCUUGGAGACAUUCAAUGCAAUACAUGCAACAAGUGCACCCAAUUAAAACAUACAGCUCAGGAAGGCAAUAUGCCAAGGAUCCUCUCAGUUGCUAUAAUUUUAGGACUAGUCACCUCAGCCUUCAUUACAAAAAAUAAAAGAAAGCCUUUAGCUCUCAGGGAUGAGGCAAAAGACUUUGCUCACCCCUGCCCCCCUCAGCUCUCUGGUAAGAGCACCCAACUUUUCAGCUCCAUCACAGAAUCCCAUACCACACACCACCCCAAUGAUGUGAAGUUGCAUGACUAUUACAAAUCUCAUGGAAAUUCAAGAAAAUAAACUGCUUGUGAGGUCCAAGGGUAUCUGUUAUUCCCAGAGGUAUCCUACGUACUGAUUCUCUAUUUAUCAUUCUUGCUACUUUUGAAGACUAAAGAUCUUGUAGAGAGAAAUAAACAAGGGACAGACUUACCUUGUCUCUCCAAUUCUGCAGAAGGUGUAGUACACCUGAAGGAUAAACUGGCGUGGGAUGUUCUGUAGGCCCAGGAGUGUCUAUGUAAACACAUUUUAAAGCCACAAGUCAGGAUGAUGAAAAAAGUUAGUGUGUCUGCGCGCGCGCGCGCGCUCUCUCUCUCUCUCUCUCACACACACACACACGCACGCACACACACACACACUACAAUGUAGCUGCAGAAAGUGCAUACUUGUGUCUCUGUAAGUGUUGUUCUUAUUUCUAUACUGCCCUUCAUUCGAGGAUGACAGGGUGGCUCACAAUAUAAAAACACAAAAAUACAUACUACAGUAACAAACAAUAACCCCACCACACUCUAUUUGGCCUAUUGUGUUUCCUUUUAGGAAAUAAUUUCUGAGGUGCUCCAUGUUACCAGCAACAAAGGGACAUAGCUGUCCUGGAACCUUUAUCCUAAAAAUAAAGAGCUCUGUUCUUUUCUGCCAACACUGCCUUACUCUGUGGGUAAGCGAGUAAGACAAGGUAUGUGAACAAUAAAAUCAUAUUUCUGUGCUCAGUUACACAAACUUCCAAGUUAAGUCUCUGCCAUCCACAAAAAUAAAAAUCAAGAGAUGUCCAGACAACCUCUGCUAAAUUAUUUGCCCAUACUACAACGAAAGAUGGUCUUUCACCUGAGGAGGCUUGCUACCUCUUGCCUACCUUAACUGCUUUAAAAUCAUUCUGUGGAAAAAGAGCAGAGGGCUUCUCUUUCAAAGGUACUUCCUGAAAUGAGCUGUUGUUGCAAACACAAGGAGUUCAGCCAGUGAUUGCUAUCAUCUGCUGCUGCUGCCUGCCCCUCACCCCUGUGAAUAGCUGACUGUGGCCAACCACAAAGGAAGCAUUGAUGCCACAUCAGACUGAACAGCGUUUUAAAGAUACUAGCUGGAACAUGGUAGGCGGUUCAAGCAUUCACACAUCCAAAAAAAGCCCCAAAUCUAUGGCAGCAGAAGGUAGGAUAAAUAUGUCCAGAUAACUGUCCGUUUCAGUACUCUGGGCGGUCCAUGGCCCCUUUGCUUCAUAAACCAACACCAUGAUUAGCUGAGAUCAUAAAAAAGCUGGUUAGGCCCUAGUUACUUGUCUCUGUUUCAGGUAUCUCUUGCCUGGCAGUGGCAUGAAUCUCUUAACACUUGCUGCUGGGCUGUGAAGGCAAAUCAGUGGGGUUGUCAGUGGCCAAAACAGGGGAUCCCAGCUAGCUAAACAGAUCGGCCAGCUGCCAUUUAGUGUUUACAGAAUCCUUAGGUUCCAUAAAUUUAAAACAGGUGGGAAGCAGGAAACCCUGUAACCCAGAGGAGGUAGAAGAGGACUUAAUCCCAUGGAAUGUUGCAUAAAGGGAAGGAAAAGAGAGGGCAGAGGGUAUAGCAUGUGAAAUAGUUACAUAUUCCAGGUUCUCACAAUUGCCAGAGUCUUCACAUAAAGGCAGAGCAAUUUUCCUAAGUUUUAUCAACAAGCAUUUUUGAGCCAGCCUGCUUCACCCUUGAUAAGCGCUACAGAGCUCUCCUUAAGCCCUUUAGAGAAAUCUAAUUACUUGAACAGGCAAGCCUGGCCUCCAUCCUAUUCUUACAGAAUGGGCAGGUGAGUUUUACAAGCAAGAAAUGUCACUGCUGAACCUGGAUUGCUGGAUAAAGGCCAAGUGAGGGAAGAAAACCCCUUACCUUCACUUGAUUGAAGCCAAUGGUGACUGCAGCAGCUGAAGUAAACCCUUUAAUGACAGGAUAGGAUAUAAAGUCCAGGAGGAAACCUGCCAGGAAUGAAGAAUCCGCAUUAAGUCUUACAAAGACCAGGCGCAACGGACUUACUUCACUACACAUUAUACUCCAUUCAGUCCAUUCAGAACUACCAAGCUCCUCAGUCAAAAGCUAUCCAUUCAUCAAGGAUGCCAACACACACAUAACGAGACAGAGGCAGUUGCAGUAUGCCACUCCCCAGUAUCCUUCAUUUGGCUUUGGUUUGGCCAAGAAGGGUCUAUGGUCUGUGCUCUUUGAGCCACCUAAUGCUCCACACCAGAAUUGAGCCUACUGGAUUCCUUUCUGCAUUGCUCUGACAGUCACUGGAAACUUUUGUCUGUCAUUUGGUUGUCUCUUGCCUUCCUAGAGCCACAGGUCCUUCAUUUCCUGCCGAUCCCAAGCACUAAUAGCAGGGGCAGCUGGACAAAGCUGGGAAGAGGCAGGCUGUUCUCAUCUAGUGCUGCCUCAAUGCACAAGGCAGAAACCCAAGUUUAACUAGUGCCCUUGCAGCUACAGAACUAAGCAAGGAAAAGAGAGAUGAGCUGAAUGUAUGAUACUUUUUAAUUUUCUAAGUAUUUUCUUCUGAGGCGUUUUAGUUUAAGUAUUGCCAGUCCCCAAGUUUGAAAAAAAUGAAGGUUAAAAACAAAUCUGUACAAAAUGGGCACAUUACUCUCUUGCAAUAAACACAUACAUGUGUACACACUGAAAAACAAAAACCUUGGAUAGUAACAGAUAAUCUAUAGGAAACAAGGUGGGAUUACAAAUCACUAUAAUUCAAUGAGCUGUGAGACUUAAGACUUCAAUCAUAUACCCUCUUAUUUGGAAGUAAAGCCGCACCAAACUCAAUGGGACUUACUUUUGAGUAGAUAUCUAAAGUCAUAGCAUUGUAAUUAACGGAGGGCUGCGGUCACAGCAUUAUGUUCAGCUCCAACUAUCAGAAUCUUGUGGUACACAACCAGUGAUAAUCUGCCCUGUCAUCUCUCCAGUUCUGCCUCCCUGUUUGGCUAUUAUUGGCCGUAAACAAACUGAUUUGACCAAAUAUAGCCCCAUCCAGGUCUUACCAAGAUGCAGCAGCCCCAUAGCUAACUGGAUGCAGCCCGAGAGGAAGGUGAGCAGGAUGGCAUAGGAAGGGUCAUGGAAUGCGUAGGACGAAACCAGUAACGACAUGAUAGCUGUCGGGCCCAGUGUCACAUCUUUCGAUGUCCCCAGGAGGCAGUAGACAAAGCAGCCCAUGAAGGAGGAAUAGAGGCCAUACUAUAAGGGAGGGAGGGAGGCAAUUAGAGACUGAUCGCAGUGAUGUAGGAAGAAGAGCAGAAUCAGGGAGAAAAAGGCUGUGAAUGGCUAAGGAAAGUGUAAUCCUUGUCAUACAUAAAGGUCUUACAUAUGUGCUGUGUACAUUUUAACUUGUAGUGUGUGUCAAAACUUUUAUCAAAUGAAAAGAAUAGAGAGAAAGAAACAAAAAGGUGUCUGCUUGAUAACUCGGCAAAACACUUUUAAAGGAGGGUGUCUGAGAAUUUAUUAUCUUGGAACAACAGGAAGAAGCAGAAUCAAACAACAGUAAAAAGUAUUUCAGAGAACUGGUAAUUCCCGCUCAUUGACCUUUGAUUUACUCCAGGCAGCCACAGUCUGCUAGAGACUCUCAGAGCUCAUUAACUCUAAAGCUGCUUUCCUCUGGAAUUGGAUCUAUAUUUUUCAAGCAAAAACAGAAAAUGAAAUAUUCAAUAGAUGCUACACUAAGGCAACUAAAGCUUCUGGGUCAAUAGCCUCACCUGCACUGGGAGGCCAGCCAACGCAGCGUAGGCAAGAGCUUGUGGCACAACAGUCAAUCCCACCGUCAGUCCAGCAACGAGAUCAAGCUGCAGCCAUUGUAGAGAAUAUUUGGGAAGCCACUUUAGCACCGGCAGCCUCUUCUGGAUUAUUCCGUAGCAUCGUUCCCGACACUCAUGGCUUCUCUCUGCCAUGGCUGAAAUCACAGUAGUUCAAGCCAAUUCACUUGGGGCCCAUCACACCACUCAUGAUCAAAACCGCUUGCAGGCAUAUCAAAGUCAAGAGAGCAGACAAAGGAGAAGGUCACUGCUGAGGCACAUCAGAAAGACUCCCAAACAGGCAAUAGGAGGCUUAUAAUAAUACCUGGGGGAGAGAGGGAGAAAAAGGACACCCACCGUUCUAGUCAUUCAAUCAGUUCUUCAUUUCAAAUAUUAAUGGGGUAUUGAAACCUAAAGACAUUGCUAUGGAAUCUUCUCAUUCAUGUUUGCGAAAACAAACCCAAGAAGUGAUGGGCGUGUUUUAAGAUGAAAACUACAAACAAGAAUACAAAACAAAACCAAUUAACGUACCCUAAGAUAACUGAAGUGCCAAAUAUUAGUACAACACAGGAAAAUAUGAUAAUGGGAAAGCAAAGAAUGACCACUGGGCUUGACAAACUAUGGGCAGCAUUCCUUUGGGAAGCAGGUAAAUCUUUGCUUCUGAAGAACAGACAACUCUCCCCUCCAUUCUUAAGGAAAUCUCCAUUUUGCCUCAAGAAGCGAAGAGGGCAAAGCCAGCUCUAAGCAGGUUAUUGACCCAAGCAACUGCACCACCCACCCACGCUAAGGGUGCACACCAUAAUAUCUUGGAAGCCGAGGGCACAGCUCUCAGACUGCAUGCUUCAGUUUGUGUGGUCUGACAUGACCUAGCAAAAGAGGAGGGACUGUGCGGUUGUUACUUCAUGUAAACAGUGUCAUCAGGGGACAGCUGGGUUCUAGUCAACGGGUUUAUUUGAGGGGAACUUUUUAGUAUGUCUGCUCAAGCUGUUUUUAUGACUUGGGAGGUGAUCCUAGGUGCGCUGGCUUGCAAGUAAACCCUUUUGAAUGCAGAGAGGCUUAUUUCUGAGUGAACGCACACACACUAGGGCUGUAGAUGUUGCAUGCCGCUUUACGUAUUAUUUCAAAAGGAAACUCAUCCAGGAGUAAAUGCCCUUUCCUCCUGGAUUAAAGCAGCUGCUCUAACACACAUAUAUAGUUGGUAACAUCAAAUACAGAACCAUAUAGUUCAAGCACAGCCUCGCAAGCCCCGCCUUUCUGACCAAGAAGCCUCAUUUCCCUAAUCACAGGUAUGGGGCCUGUGGCUAUUCAGCGACAAGGAAAACACACUCUGUGCAUACCCAGAGUUUACACUCUCACGUUCUAGAGCCAGCACCGAAAACGGGGCCUGGGGCUAAACUACUCCUCAGCUUAAGCCACAGCAAUGCUCCAAAGCAGUUAGUAGGUACGAGACCAGAAAUUACUUAGGACUCUUCAGGGCGGAGGGGGCACCAUCACCAGACUCGGCAGGGAGAGAGAGGGCUUGUCUGGUUUUUAAAACGAAAGCAGGAAAAAAAAGGAGAGGAGUCUAUUUGCUCCUGCUGCGUAAACAAAGGAGCUCCAGGGUCACAGCUUCCUCCUGGUAGUCGAGGGGCCCCUUCUGCUUUUUCCCCCAACUCCCAGGCUGGACUCACCCAAAGCAGCGCCGGCAGAAGGCACCGAGGAGCACGGAAAACCCAGAUCCGGUCAGAGGCGUCUCAUGUGAUCCGGAGGUGGAGCCAGGCGGCGGCUGGCCCUUUUCCCAGCGGCGUUUAGUCUGGGAAGGGGAGAGGCGCGCGCUCUGCCCGGCGAGGAAGGGGCCUGGGCGGGUGUCUCGCCAUGCCGCUGCCUGCGCAGAGAUGGGGGGCGCCGCCGCUGCUGUUUCUGCUUCUGGGUCUCUGCUGCGCUCGGAGGGAUCCGGGCAGACCUCGCAACGUGCUGCUGAUCGUCGGUGAGCGAGCAGAUUCGGGGGCCCAGCCGGGGUGCUGCUCUCUGGAGAUGAAACCCACGCCUCCCCCUGUUCCCCACUCAGUUCGCCCUCGCGGGAAAUAGCCCUGAAAGCUCUGAGGAAGGAAGUGGGAAACUUCGGGGAGGGGCCGGACUUGCGCCCCCCCCCCCCGCAAACCCAGUAUGGACACUAGGCGCUAAGAUAUGUCCCACAACCACCAUUCCCUUCUCAUGCCCCUCUUGGUUGGGGCACUUGGUUCACCAGUCAGACCAUGUUGCCAACUUCUUUUCGGCUAGGGCUACUGUGCUGUUAACAGAAUUCAACAGGCGCAGCUGUUCCCAGACUGGAGAUGAUAGGCCUGUGUUCUGCUGGGGGGCCAGGGAGGCCUUGUGGUGGACACUGAAGAGCUAGACGGGUAUUAAGAGAUAUUGGGGUUUAGCCCAUAGCUGUCAUCUUUCAGAUUUGAAAAUAAGAGAUCAGCAGCCUCACCUGUCCCGGGGACAGUCUAGGGGAUAUCUAACAAUCCGGGAUAGCAGCGGGAAACGGCGCUGGAAUAAGGGAAUUUCCCGCAAAAAAAGGGAAGGUUGACAGCUAUGGUUUAGCCAUAGGUAGCGUAAGUGAGUCAGUAUGUGAUGAUGAUGAUGAUAAUAAUAAUAAUAAUAAUUUAUUUAUACCCCGCUCAUCUGUCUGGGUUUCCCCAGCUUCCAACAGAAUAGUAAAAUACAAUAGUCUAUUAAACAUUAAAAGCUUCCCUAUAGAGGCUUGGACCUAUGCCUGCCUGCUCUAAAGCAUACCCUCUCACAUUUCUCCAAGAAAAUAGGGACGUCCUAAGAAAAAGUGGGACAUUCCAGGAUCAACUUCUUUAAAUCCUGGACUUUCCCUGGAAAAUAGGGACAAUUUGAGGGUAUGUCUACAGGAUUUGGUAAUACAGUCCCAGCAUUAACCAGGAUUGUGUGAGAUUUGUGGUAUUCGUUUCCCCUUUUUCUCCUGCUGCAGUUCCUCCUUUGUCCCACAAACUGAUUCAUAUGGACCUGUUGGGUGGCUCAGAUUCCAGGGUUGACGUUUCCACUGUGACUGCAUGACUCAUUUGCUCGAGCAUCUGGGGGUAAUGUUGCUUAUGGGUACUUCCACACAACAAUUUAUUCAGGACUCAAGUUUUUGGUUUUUUUGGUUUUUGCAAAGGCCACACGACAUCAUCCUCAUCAAAAUGCUGUUCUAUAAUAUCUUCUCAUUUAAUCUGGAUUUACCAUUUUAGCAAAAAAAACCAAAACAAAACCAUUAAGUAAAGAAAAAAGGAAACGGUAAAUCCAGAUUAAGGGCAGGGAUGGGAUUUAUAGUGUCAUGUUAUUGCAUGCAUUCACAAUAAAGGGUGCUGUGUGGAAGCACGCUGUAAAUUGCUUGAGUUUGGGGUGCAGCACAAAUUCAGUUUUGUUAGGAAGUUGGGCACUGCUUGAGCUGCAGAACCUGGCCCCAAACCCCCAGCUACCUGGUUCAUAGCUACCAUUGUUCAUAGGCAACAGUGGCGUUGCAAUGGGACACUGAUCUCACAGCUUGACCUCUGACCCUUCCAUGGCAGCUGACGACGGUGGCUUUGAGAGCGGCGUGUACAACAACACGGCCAUCAACACCCCAAACCUGGAUGCCUUGGCCCAGCGCAGCUUGAUCUUCCGGAAUGCCUUCACCUCCGUCAGCAGCUGCUCCCCAAGCCGGGCCAGUAUCCUCACAGGCCUGCCUCAGGUAACACUUGCCGGAUGGCAAUAAGGGAACUGCUUGCUCAGUCCUUUUCUAUCACCUUGGAACUCCCUUUCCUGCCUGCCCUGCUCAUAUUGUGAAUGGUUUUCUCUUAUCUACAGCACCAGAAUGGGAUGUAUGGGCUGCACCAGGAUGUGCAUCACUUCAACUCCUUUGAUAGUGUUCGGAGCCUCCCCUUGCUGCUUAGGCAGGCAGGGAUUCGGACAGGUAAGCUGGUGGGAGCAGGAGAAUUCCUCCCUGCAAAUUCACCUGCAGCUCAAGAUACCACUCAUCUUCUUCUAUAGGGAAUCUGGGAAGGGAGCCUCCAUACCACACAAAUAAUUUUAGUUCUUUUUGCCUUGCAAUCAGCUAAGAAAGUGAAACUUACAAGAAGCAAUAAAACCAUUUUUCUAAAAUGCAUGCAGUGCUUCUCUAAUCCCUAGUUUAUAAUGUGCGUUGAUGAGUUUUAGCCCCAGUUAUGUGGUUGUACAUAGAUGGAGAAAGGAUUCUAUUUAUUCUAUUUUUAAAAAAAGUUUUUCUUGUUUUGCAAAACUACAUGCCUUGUCUCUUUUCAGGUUGUACAUUCUUUCUUACACGUCAGUUACAUUUGUUGUGAGACAUUAGUGUUGAGUACAGUAUAAGGUUGGGGAAGGAGAGAAGGGGAGGCGUGUAUUCUUUUGUAUAGUGUGCGUGUGGGGUUUUGCGUCAGCAUCAACUGGGUAGGUCCUCUUUCUGUUCGUAUAUUGCAUUUCCUUGGUAGUGAGAGGUAUUGUGGGGCAAGGUGUGCUUGGUUGUCUGUGGCCGGCUGCAGUGGGGUUUAUUUUAUUUACCACGAAGCUUUCACCAAUAUUUUUCUGCCAAGGACUGCCCUCCCAUCAUGGGAAGGGGAGGAGCUUCCAUCAUCCGUGUUUUGGAGCAUGCUCAGCCCACAACAGAAAAGCAGGUUGCAUAUACGUGUAUACAUGUCUUCCCUGAGUACCCCUUCACUCAGAACCUGGCUCACCUUGGCACAGAUGAGAAGAUGUGAGCCUUCUCAUGUCAUGCUUGGUGCUGGGAUACAUACAACCCCCAAGUACAAAAUCCCAACAGGGCAAGCAUUGUAUGUGGAAGGUGCUGCAUGCUAUAUAAAUAGUUCCUCUCUAAAAUCCAUGGAAAGUGUUCUUCUUUGUCACCACCUUCAUGUAUUCUAAAGGAGAAACCAGCAAUUGUUGCACAGUAACACAAUUUUUCCACAUAUACAAAUAUGGCUAUUUACAUGCAUGUACUUAUGCUAAGUACAAAAUGUAUUCCAUGUCAAAUAUACCCUAUAUGAAAGAGACUGGUUUUAAAAUAAAAGUUAAUCUGAACCAAGUUUCUCCAGAGCUUAGUCCCCAAUCUUGUUUUCCAUAGCAGAGGCUAAGCCUUGGCACAUGGGAAUGCAUUCUGUAGAUGCUUAGUCUCCCACCACCCAGUAACCACAUUCAGGCCAUACACCUGCGUUCCUCUCCAGCUGAAACGAGGCCUACAUUUAUGCAACCGUAUUUGCUUGCAUCUCUCCCAUUUGGGAUUGAGAUAGCCUGAGCCUUGGCAGGAAGUGCUGUUUUAGGAAACCACAGUUCUUGGGAGGCAGCCAGUAGCUCUUAGACAGCAGAGACCUUGUGUUGGAUUCAUCCAGGGCAGGCUUCCUCAACCUCAGUCCUCCAGAUGUUUUGAGACUACAUUUCCCAUCAUCCCUGACGACUGGUCCUGCUAACUAGGGAUCAUGGGAGUUGUAGGCCAAAAACAUCUGGAGGGCUAUGGUUGAGGAAGCCUGAUCCAGGGUAACCACUAGCUUCCAAGUGCAUCAGAGCGCUGGUGGAUUUUUAUGUGAUCUAUUAGCUUUUCCUUGCUAUUGCAUCUGACUGCUGGCGUUUGUCUGCUUCAGGGAUCAUUGGGAAGAAACACGUUGGGCCAGAGGCUGUGUAUCCCUUUGACUUUGCCUACACUGAGGAGAACGGCUCUGUCCUGCAGGUGGGGCGGAACAUCACCCGAAUCAAGCUGCUGGUUCGGAAAUUCCUCCGCAGCCAGGAGGAGGAGAGGUAAGAACCCAUCAUAUGGUGCUGGUAUUGCAUUGCAGACUCACUUCCUGUGUAGACCAGAGCACUCCGGCACAUACAAAUGGAAUUUAAGGAUGCACAGCCAUCAGUCACAGUCUACAUGUUUGUUGCAGGGAAAUUUACGCAAACCUGAGAGGCGGCAAAGAGAGCUUGGGGGGAAAUGGUGGUGUUUAUUUCAUGGAAGAUAAAAAAUCAGCACAGAGGUUCAGCAGAAAAACUGAAGGGAGCAGAGGCUGAGGGCUGCAGUUAGCAGAAAGAGGAACCUCAGCAAAGCUGGAGGACGCCCAGAGUACUUUUGCUAAAAGUGGUGGAGGUGAUGUUGUCUCAGGCGUUUGAGUGCAUUCACACCACCUGCUUUUUCAACUGGCAGGCCUUUUUUCUUGUAUGUUGCUUUCCACGAUCCACACCGCUGCGGCCACUCCCAGCCCCAGUAUGGAGCCUUCUGCGAGAAAUUUGGCAAUGGAGAGCCUGGAAUGGGCUGGAUCCCAGACUGGAAACCCCAGCACUACAGCCCAGAUCAAGUGCAGGUGAGACAUGGAAUGUGAGAUACAAGAGGAAGGGCGGGAUAUAGAUUUAAUAGGUCAUUAAGUAAAAACACGUGGGCCGGAUUCAGCUAUCACAUUCCACUAGCAGAAGCCGUCACGUGGGCUCCUCUCUCUAUGUGCACCUCCCCAUAACAGCGCACAGGGGAGGGGAGGGAGAUUGUUCAGCCUGGCAAGCAGAAAUGGAUUGAUCUCCACAGCGCUGCAUUGAAUUCUGCCCUUUUCUCCUCUGCCAUGAAACGCCGGGAACACGUGCAGCAUCCUCUAGCCCUCCCCAUUGCCAGACUGGGAGUUGUGCAGCAGAUCAUUUGCGCCCAAUGGAGGGAGGUUAGCCAUGGCCAUUGCAAUUUCUAGGUAGUUUUGUGGGCCUUGAUUCCCUUGGUUUCCCUUCCUGAUGUAGCUUCUGGUAACAGUUGCUUUUCUCCCGCUUUCUGCCCUCAGGUCCCAUAUUUUGUACAGGACACACCAGCUGCUCGUGCGGAUCUGGCAGCUCAAUACACAACCACCGGGCGCAUGGAUCAAGGUAGGGUGUUUAUUGAAUCAGAGCAAUCCUGCCUGCAGGAGUGGAGGGCAAGGCUGGAGAAGCAGCGCUCUUGAAGCAAGAGCGAGAGCUUAGGUGUGUUUCAGGGAGAGUCUGGAGCAUUUUUGCACAUUUGAUUUACCGCGUGGCAUCUCUUGUGCUUAAGGACCUAAGGGAGUCCUUCUGGAGGAAGGGGUGGCAAUCAAGUUCUCUUCAGCACAGGGAUGCAUGUGACCUCCAGUUACAUACAUGUGCUCAAGUUGCCCUUUAAAAUCCUGGAAAUCCCAGUGAGGAGUGGAAAGAAAGCACCAAGCGACUCCAUACAUUAUAUCUAUGAAUUUCAUUAUCUUUAGUAUUUGUGGUUAGCAAUAUCCAGACUUGGCUGCCCCAACUGAGUGAAAAUAUUUCAUGCUGAGCAGCUGGAUGAGCUGCUUUUGCCUGCUGGAAAGCCUGGGGAAGCAAGUCCAAUUCCAGUACAGUGGUACCUCGGGUUACAGACGCUUCAGGUUACAGACUCCGCUAACCCAGAAAUAGUACCUCGGGUUAAGAACUUUGCUUCAGGAUGAGAACAGAAAUCGUGCGGCGGCAGCGGGAGGCCCCAUUAGCUAAAGUGGUACCUCAGGUUAAGAACAGUUUCAGGUUAUGAAGAGACUCCAGAACGAAUCAAGUUUUUAACCUGAGGUACCACUGUAAUUAGAUGGUGACGAUGAAGCUCCCAUCUAAUCAAAGUGGUUCACAGUGUAGAUGAGAGUUCUUCUGAGCAAAAUUGUUGGUGAAGGCUAGAGGCCUUUUGCACAGCACCCUCAGGUCUCUUUCUGUGGCACAUGUAGGCAUUGGUCUUGUCCUAGAGGAGCUGAACAACGCUGGCUUCCGCAACACUACCCUUGUGAUCUACACUUCCGACAACGGUAUCCCCUUCCCAAGCGGCAGAACUAACCUGUACCGGUCAGGUACGGCUGAACCCCUCCUCAUCUCCUCGCCUGAGCAUCCCUCACGCUGGGGACAGGUCAGCAGUGCCUAUGCCAGCUUGUUAGGUGAGAGCCACUGAAUUAUCGACUUCUGUAUUGACAUCGGGGAAGUGUGAGGCAGGGGAGGGUUUUGAAUGUGGGGGAGAGACUUUGGGGGUGUCUAGACAACCAUGAACUGGCUUCCAUUUGCACUCAUUUGUUCUGUGUAUUUAUUUUUAAUUUACAUUUAUUUUUGAUGCUUAUCCAAAGCUAUACAAAAGUUCAUACCCAAUAUAAAGUAUAUUUUUAUAAUACACCAUAACAAAAGAAACACUUAAAAAAUCUAAUCUAAAAAGGAACCAAAACAAAAAAGAAGAAAUAAAAGAAAAUAGAUAAAAAGAUUUUAAAGGACUUCCAGUUCUAUGUCCUUCAGUUACAUAUAAUAUUCACCUAUUAAACUCCCAACUAUUCUAUUUUCUGUAAGCCAAUUUUUUUUUCCAAUCUUCAUUUUUUUAUAAAAUAAUUUUUAUUUCAUUUUUCCAUUUUUAACAUCUAAAUAUUCAAAUAUUUUUUUUCCAAUCUUCAAAUCCAGAUAUUACAAGUUCAUUAUCUUUCAAGCAAGAAGUCCAUAAAAAGUUUCCAGUCUAAACGUGUUUUAUUUACUAUGCAUACUGCUGGAUUGCAAAUUAAAUCUCUAAAGCAGUUUAACAAUAACAAAAAGCCGUUUACACCGGGUUGAAUUGUGCAUUUUAAAUUGUUGAUUUUUAUUGUGUUGUUCAUAGUCACUUUAGAUUGUACGCCCUCUGGGGAGGAAAUUCUUCUUUUAAUUGCGGGAUUGAGCCACCUACAUUGGCAGGGCCAUUUAAAUAAAUGUUGCUAUUAUUAUUAUUAUUAUUAUUAUUAUUAUUAUUAAUGGAUGCUUGAUGUUACCCCUUCCUCUCUGUAGACAUGACCCCCACCAUUCUGGACUGGUUCUCUGUGCCGUACCCCAGUUACAGCCUCUUUGGGAAGCGGAUAGUGCAACUGACUGGGAAGUCCCUGCUGCCAGCGCUAUCUCUGGAGCCGGCGUGGGCCACAGUGUUUGCAAGCCAGAGCCUCCACGAAGUGACCAUGCACUAUCCCAUGCGGGCCGUGCAGCGGGGGCCCCUGCGCUUCAUCCACAACCUGCAGAACCGCACGCCUUUCCCCAUCGACCAGGACUUCUACGUGUCGCCCACAUUCCAGGAUCUGCUGAACAGGACCCAGGCAGGGCAGCCCACACACUGGAACAAGACGCUGCAUGGCUACUACUACCGGGAACGCUGGGAGCUGUACGAUCACAGCCUCGACCCCACGGAGAGCCGCAACUUGGCUUCUGACCCCCGCUAUGCCCAGGUCCUGGAGGAGCUCAGGGGGCUGUUGCUGAAAUGGCAGUGGGAAACGGACGACCCCUGGGUGUGUGUGCCCGACGGCGUCCUGGAGGAUAAACCCAGCCCCCAGUGUCGACCGCUGCAUAACGAACUGUGAUUUCCCCCCUCUUCCCUUUUGUGGUGGCUGCUAGUUCCUCAUUCAUAUGAGCAGUGCUAAGGAAAGCUGUGACUUGCAAAGGCUUGCAGUUUGCAGAGCUAAGCACUGUUGCGUUUGCAGCUGUGGGAAGAGCUGGAGUCAACAAGACGAGGGUGGUUUCUUAUGUGCCUGCCUUCUUAAUUGCUGCAGACAUAUCAACCAUCUUAGCCAGCCCCCCACUGCCAAAAUGUUUGCUGCCAAAGGGAAUGAUGUCGCAAGUGCCUAAUGGAACAGCCAGCAAAUGCUGCUCUACAGAAUUGGGAUGGUCCCAUCCAGGCUGUGAUUUGCACAUUCAGAAACAGUGCCUUUUGCAGGAACGUGUACAGGAAUGCGUUAGGCCUAGAUCCGGUUGAAAAAUUUAGGAGAAUACACCAUACAGUCUUCUCAAGAGGUUUGCAAAUGGUGGAGUCACUUAAAAGCACCCAACUCCAAAAUCUGCCAGUAGGUGGAAAGCUAACAUGCAGUUCCUCUCCAUGAAUUUCAGACUGCUACAGGCCUAUGAGACAAUUCUAAACAGUAAGUUUGAAAGAGCUUUUUAUGUGGCUCCUACUGAAUAUUCAACCAACAAAUAAAGCAGUAGAUUACUUCAUUGAGCUGAUAGCCCUUCUCUUGUUACUACAGCAAUGACAAUCACUAGAAUGUCUUAUAGUUUCUCCCACACUUGCUGUUUGUCUCUUCAAGUUGAGAAUCUGGAAAAUCCCACAGAGAUUUGGGUUGGGGUCACCAUAGCAGUGGCAGGCAAUAAACAUAUAUAAGAGUGUCCAACAAGGAUUUUAAUUUAAUGCAAGCAGCAGAGCUACCUAGCACUGUGCUGUUUUACAAAAUGAAAUAAAAUCAGGAUAUUUGCUUUACCUGUUGAAGUAAUUAAAAACAGAAAGUGGAAGGUAAACCAGGUAAGAGACAGCUUGAAUGAAUAUGCAAUUGUUUACAAGUAUUGUAUCUACAGUCUCUGGAUUAAACACCUGCAGUGUA